AUCAAAUCAACCGGAAGUCACUACUACAAAAAAUGGCGCACUUCUGAAAAGUCUGCGAAAUUUCCCUCUAAAAACUCCAGUUUAAGUAAUGCUACGCCUUGUAGCUAUAUCAUUAUCAUUGUUUUUCAAUAUUUAGGAUAUGAGUGGGUAAAAUUUGUGCAAGAUGACAGAAGAGAGACGCACCAUACGAGGGGUGGAGGUGAUUUUCCCAUGUAAACCCUACCCUUCCCAGUUUAGUUUUAUGGACAAGGUCAUUCAAGGUUGUGAGAAAGGACAAAAUUGUUUACUGGAGAGUCCUACAGGAAGUGGUAAAAGUUUGGCAUUAUUGUGUUCUGCUUUAGCUUGGCAGACUGCUGAAUAUGCCAAGAAAAGACAAGAAGAAUCUGAAUCAGAACAUUCAAAGUCAAAAGAGUGCUGCUGUAAAAAGAAACAGUCAACAAAAGAAGUCUUAGAUACCUCAGAAGAUGAUAAAGUUAAUUUUAGCACUAAUUUGAUUAUACCAGAUUCCAAUAUUUCUGUCAAUGUUGUGAGGGGACAAAUAGCUCAUCAACAGGCAAAUGUUAUAGUCAACACAACUUCUACUAAUCUGCAGCUUAACUAUGGUGCUGUUUCCCAGUCCCUUUUAUGUGUUGGAGGACCACAGUUACAGAAGGAAUGUAACCAGAAAUACCCUGAUGGGGUUAAUAUUGGGGAUGUGGCAGUGACAUCUGGUGGGAGUUUAAAGUGUGAUGUUAUCUUCCAUGGAGCACUCCCACAGUGGAAGGAUGCAGGAGCUCUAACAAUUUUACAGACCUUUAUGAAGAAUUGUUUGACAACAGUGAAUAGUAAUGGUUAUACAUCCAUUGCCUUUCCUGCUCUAGGGACAGGAAGUCUUGGUUUCCCUCGAGAUAUUGUUGCCAGGGAGAUGUUUAGUAGUGUGCAGGAGUUUGCUAGGGAUCAUCCUACCUCAUCAGUCAGUGAUGUUAGAUUUGUUGUGUAUGGGGGAGACAGCGCCAAGAAAAGACAAGAAGAAUCUGAAUCAGAACAUUCAAAGUCAAAAGAGUGCUGCUGUAAAAAGAAACAGUCAACAAAAGAAGUCUUAGAUACCUCAGAAGAUGAUAAAGGUAUGAUACUGCAUUCUAAUGGGCAUGAUGCAAAUGUUAUAGUCAACACAACUUCUACUAAUCUGCAGCUUAACUAUGGUGCUGUUUCCCAGUCCCUUUUAUGUGUUGGAGGACCACAGUUACAGAAGGAAUGUAACCAGAAAUACCCUGAUGGGGUUAAUAUUGGGGAUGUGGCAGUGACAUCUGGUGGGAGUUUAAAGUGUGAUGUUAUCUUCCAUGGAGCACUCCCACAGUGGAAGGAUGCAGGAGCUCUAACAAUUUUACAGACCUUUAUGAAGAAUUGUUUGACAACAGUGAAUAGUAAUGGUUAUACAUCCAUUGCCUUUCCUGCUCUAGGGACAGGAAGUCUUGGUUUCCCUCGAGAUAUUGUUGCCAGGGAGAUGUUUAGUAGUGUGCAGGAGUUUGCUAGGGAUCAUCCUACCUCAUCAGUCAGUGAUGUUAGAUUUGUUGUGUAUGGGGGAGACAGCGGUACUAUCAAAGCUUUUGAAGAACACAAACUAAAAGCAAUGAAAGAAGUAGAAGGAAAGAUUGGAAAAGAAGGUAUCACUAGCACUAAAAGUACCUCUACUAUGGUUAUACCUGAAAGUGAUGAUGAAGAUGACGACUUUAAACCACCAUCUAUAUAUAGAACACCUGGAAGUAGUAGACAGUCUGUGAGUGAGAAGAUAAAGAAACACCAGUCUAUAUCAUAUGACACUGCUGAGCCUGGACCAUCAGAAAUGGAGAACAAUGAAGAUAGUUGCUGCUGUAAUUGUGGUGCAGAAAAUAAACAAAACAGUAGAAAGGUACCUAAGAUAUAUUUUGGAACCAGAACACAUAAACAGAUUUCUCAGAUUGUCAGAGAGUUGAAGAAAACAGCUUAUAGGGAUACCAGAAUGACUAUUUUAGCCAGUAAGGAAUUCACAUGUAUACAUCCAGCUGUGUCCAAAAUGAAGAAUAAAAAUGAAGGAUGUAAAGAACUAAUGGAUGGACCAGGAUGUAAAUUCAAUGACCGAGUAAAGAAAAUUUUCCCUCACUAUUCCAACCUCCAGGAAUAUGGUUUAUCUGAAGCAUGGGAUUUAGAAGAUUUAGUUCAUCUUUGUAGACAGAAAAAGGUGUGUCCAUAUUUCAGUGUAAGAAGUUUCAGAAAAGAAAUAGAUAUAGUGUUCUGUCCUUACAACUAUCUUAUUGAUCCAAUUAUCAGACAAAAUAUGGAGAUAAGUUUGAAGGAUGAAAUAGUAAUCUUAGAUGAAGCUCACAACAUAGAAGAUUCGGCAAGGGAAGGAGGCAGUGAAAACUUUACUGAUGAUCAACUGGAUAAAGCUAUUAAAGAAAUACAUGAAAUGAUUAUACAUGGAAUAAAACCAGCAGAACACCUCAGGCUACAACAGAUGGUUGAAGGUUUUAUGAAGAUUAUACAGAAUAACCUAGACCAUUUAGAACAAAGUAGUUUUGAUCAAGCCUCUAAAGUGUGGUCUGGAUAUGAUAUUGUUGUACGAAUGAAAGAAUAUGGUAUUGGACCACAGCAUAGAGAUGAAUUAUUGAAAUGCUUUUCCACAGUUUGUGAAGAUGCUACUGAGAGAUCAGUCCAGAAUGUUCGUGGACAGACGGUCAAACUUAGUUCUGCUUCAGGAAGUACUCUGGAACGAAUGUUUAACAUCAUGGAUUUCAUGUACAGAAAAGAUCUCAAAUAUUUGGAGGAUUAUAGAGUUGCCAUAUUGAAAUCUACAACCUAUGUAUCUGACAAUAAUACAGAUGGCUCAUGGAUAAGUUCAAGAAACAGACGGGGAGGUAUGAGACCAGUUCCAAAAUAUGUCAUCACAUUACAUUUCUGGUGUAUGAAUCCUGGAGUGGCAUUUUCUGAUUUACAUGACACAAGAUCUAUAGUGUUGACCAGUGGGACAUUAUCUCCAAUGAAUUCAUUUGAGUCAGAGUUAGAUACGCCUUUCCCUAUCAAGUUAGAGGCCAACCAUGUUAUAGAAGAUAAACAGGUGUGGGUAGGUGCAAUGAGUCAGGGACCCACAGGAAAGCCUUUACAUGCUGUGUAUAAGACUAUGGAAACACUUGAAUUCCAGGAUGAACUGGGAAAAACAGUUCUGCAAGUCUGCCAGGAAGUACCACAUGGUGUGCUGUGUUUUUUACCAUCCUACAGAUCACUGGAAAAGUUCAUAGAAAGAUGGAAGAAUGCAGGCAUAUAUGAACAGAUAUCUAAGAAGAAAAAGAUAAUUCAGGAACCUAGACGAUCAGAUCAGGUGGAUUUUGACGACUUGUUAAAUCAGUUUUAUGAUACCAUACAUGGUGUUAAUGAUGAGGAUGAUGAAGAUGUUGGUGAGGAAACUACUGGUGCCCUGUUCCUGGCUGUAUGUAGAGGUAAAGUCAGUGAGGGUCUGGACUUUGCUGAUAACUUUGCUAGAGCUGUUAUAACAGUUGGCAUACCAUACCCUAAUUGGAAAGACAUUCAGGUUGGGCAGAAAAGAAUGUAUAAUGACAAACAUAAGAUGUCUAAAGGUUUACUGUCUGGUAGUGAAUGGUAUGAAAUCCAGGCCUUCAGAGCUCUUAACCAAGCUUUAGGACGAUGUAUAAGGCAUAGGAAAGACUGGGGCCUCUUGAUAUUGGCAGAUGAAAGAUUUGUUAAACAGAAAGAUAAAUACUGCAAAGGCCUGUCUAAAUGGGUGAGAAACAAAGUACAAGCUUUUACCAGUUGUAAACAAGCCAUGGAAUCUAUAUCUAGUUUCUCCAAACAGAGGAUGAAGGAUAUGCCUAUUGUCAAUCCAGACACCACCUUUAUACCCAGUACACCUACCACACCAGGACAGCCAAUCAGUAGAAGAUCUGGCUUCCAAGGAGCCUCAGCCAUAGCAACGCCAAUCACUCCUGCUACACCACUGUAUUCAAUAUUUUCACCUGUUACCCCAUUGACAAAGGAUAAGAAAGUUUCAACUGGUACCUCUAUAGACGCACAGACACCUAAAGGGGUUUUACCGAAACUAGCACAGCCAAAAUUUUCAACUCCUGUUUCAAAGAAAGAUAUUCCCGCAGCAGCAGCAGUGUCCAAACUUGACACCAUACAACAUGGUAGACUUAUGUCUCCUACAGAAGUUAAGAAAAACCCUGAACUUACUGCCGCUGCCAAAGCUGGUGCUAUUAUUCAAGCUCAACCAGGUCAUCAAACUCAGAUAAUACUACAGAAUCCUCAGCAGACGACAGCCAAUCAACAGAUACAGAUGGUACUGCAGCAAAUGGUCAACCAAGGUCAACUACAACCAGGUCAACAGGUCAUAGUGCAAAACCCUCAGCCAAUAGUAGGUGCUGCUCAAAGUCAUAUGCAACCAGGCCAACAAUUGUUAAUACAAAAUCCUCAACAGGCUAUUGUUAGUGGUCAAGGCCAGAAAUUGUUAUUUCCAAAUGUUCAGCAGAAAUUCCAGCAAGGUCAAGGCCAGCAAUUAUCAUUGAACAAUAAUCAGCAGAAAGUCCAGCAAGGUCAAGGUCAAGCAAUGAACAAUCAGUUUCUGACAUCAUCCACACACCAGUACAUUCUGUCUGUGAUGAAUUCUCCAUUAGUACCUAAGGAUAAACCUUAUUACAUUAUUGUUGACGAGGACACACCUAAACAACAAAUGUUUCUCGUUCAACCUAAUCAAGGGACAGGGGCUCCGAUAAUCAAAACAGAUCCUACAGUUACUGCUACUACACAACCUGUGAUUGGUAAUGCUACUACUAGUCAUCAGUCAUCUGUCCCUACUCAUAUACAGUCACAAGCAUCCAAACCAGGCAUGGUAUCAUUACUAAAUGUUGGUCAUAGUACAUCAUCUAAUACUAAGGCUGGAGAAAAUCAGACUAUCUCGGAUGUUUUACCUAGUGUCAGCAAAAACGAACCUGUUACUCAUGCAACAAAUUCAACUUCAGAGCCAGAUCGACAAAAUAUCAAGAUGAAUAAAUUAUUCAAGUAUUGUCAGAUCCCUGAAUCAGACAUUAGUGAAAAAGGUGACGGUGAUAAGUCCAAAGACCAAAAUAAAACAAAAUGUCCACAAACUCCAACUCUGUUUGAUACACAGGACAGUGAACAGGAAUUCAAAAACAUUAAUCAACAAUCUAUUAAUAGAUCGGUAGAUACCAAAAAGACAAGCAGUGUUGGCAAUAAAGCCCUAAACCAAGGUGAUGAGGCAUGUAAAAAUGAAAAAAAUAUGGCAAUGAAAAAUGAGGAAAAUGAAAGUGAGGAGAUAUUAAAUACUAGAAGGAAGAAUAGAGGAGCUAAAAGAAAAAGUCAUUCAAAUUUGAGAUUGUCUGCUAAAAAACAAAAAGGAGUAGACUUUCUGGACAAUUUGGAAGAUCAAAAAUCAGAUUCAGUUGAAAAAAUGAUCAAGUGUAAAGGUUGUGGAGAAGCUCUUAUAUCUCAGUUAGAAGAUUUUGAAAAGAGAAAAAGGUAUCCUGGGUUUGUAAGAGUUCUGACAACACAGAGAACAGCUGAAGUUAUAUUUAUACCAUCAUUGGAUGUCAAAUCUACCAAUCUACAGACAGUUUCUACAAAAUUAGAAAAAGAUUCUGACUUAACGCUAGACAGCUAUGAAGAUAAAUCUACUGGUUCUAUGUUACAAUAUUUAUCUUGCCAUACAUGUACAAAAGAUGUUAUAGGGAUACAGGUUUUAAAGAAGGGAGCUAACUCUAGAGAUGUAGAAGAUAAACAGGCAUGGAUAGUUUGUUCAUUGGUGGAUACAAGUGCCAUCAAAUCAUGA